AGCACCUCCAUCUACGCGUCUUGCUGCUUCAUCAUGUCUAAACGAUCGGUCACAGAAAUCCAUGCUUCUUCGGGAAGCCAAGCGGAGCCCCGCAAGACUCCUAGGGGAGAGUCAAAACAGCGCGAAAUUGCUGCAGACGAUGAGAUGGGCGAAUUUGAGGAUGCUUGGGAGGAUGAGCUCGAGAGCGAUGAGGAAGUGGUAGAUGCUGAGGCCGGAAAGGACGAAGACGGCAUGGAUAUGGAUGUGGACGACGAGGUCCUGCCUCCGAUCGAGGAGUCCGAGGAGCAGCCCGCCGCAGCGGAAGCAUACAUCCCGGGUGUCCAUCAGCUAGCAAAGGACGAGAUCCUCGAGCCCGACGACUCCGUAUACCUCAUGCGCCAUAACAUGACCGUAAACUGGCCAUGUCUCUCGUUCGAUAUCCUCAGAGACAACCUCGGAGACCAGAGGCAGCGCUUCCCCGCUACCGCGUACCUCGUCGCGGGAAGCCAGGCGGACGUCGCGAAAAACAACGAGAUCUCUGUGUACAAGAUGAGCUCAUUGCAGCGGACACAGAAGGAGGAUGACUCGGACGACGAGGAAGAAGACGAAGACGCACUCGACGAAGACCCCGUACUCGAGCACCGCUCAAUACCCCACCUCGGCGGCGUCAACCGCAUCCGUGCGCAACCCCUCCCCACAUCCUCCCCACUACCCCCAGUGUCCCAGCCGUACUACGUCGCGUCCUGGUCCGAGACGGGCAAAGUCCACGUCUGGGACGUGCGCCCGCUCAUCGAGGCACUUGAUGUCCCCGGAUACACGAUCGACAAGGCGCGCACGCACACACCUGCCUUCACCGUGAACUCGCACGGGCGCGCGGAAGGUUUCGCCAUGGACUGGGCGUCCUCGGGCGGCGCGAACCCGUCCGCACUUCGUCUGCUCACGGGCGACAUCAAUUCGAAGAUUUUCCUCACGACGACGACGCCGACGGGGUUCAACCCGCUCGCGCAGCCGUUCACGUCGCAUACAUCGAGCGUGGAGGACCUGCAGUGGAGCCCCGCGGAACCGACCGUGUUCGCGUCGUGCUCGGCGGACCAGAGCGUGCAGAUCUGGGACGUGCGCGCGAAGGGCCGCAAGAGCGUCGCCGGUAUUGACCAGGCGCAUAAUGCCGACGUAAACGUCAUUAGCUGGAAUCGUGCUUCGACGUACCUGUUGCUGAGCGGCGGCGACGAGGGAGGAAUCAAAGUCUGGGACCUCCGGAAUGUCAAGAAGAAGGGCUCCGCCGCACCAGACCCCACCCCGGUCGCCGGGUUCAACUGGCACACCGCUCCCAUCACCUCCAUCGAAUGGCACCCUACGGAAGACUCGAUCUUCGCCGCUUCAGGCGCGGACGACCAGGUCACCCUCUGGGACCUCGCAGUCGAGCAGGACGACGAGGAGACCGGCGGUAUGGACGCAACCCCUGCGGGCGGACGCGAAGUGCCCCCACAGCUACUCUUCGUGCACCAGGGCCAGAAGGACGUCAAGGAGGUGCACUGGCACCCGCAAAUACCGGGCGCGGUCGUCAGCACUGCGCUCGACGGCUUCAACGUCUUCAAAACGAUCUCUGUAUGAUCGACCUGGCGGGGGCUUGGCUUCUGCGGAUAGUAAUUGUAGCAUCAGCGGCACCUUUACCUGUUGUAACACGGUUUGACCAGCAUUCAGCGCAUAUGCAAUAUAGGCUUGGAUAUAGAGU